GCAACCUUCGCCGCGGUCGGCGUCUCCCUUCGAAACGCAUACGUGGCCCGCGCCCACGUGCGGCGGCUGCACACGGUCAUCGGCAACAGCCCCGAUAGCGACAAAGCCGGCCAGGCGACCGCAGCCCUGCAGCAGUCCGCUGCGCAGAAGAUGUCCACAGGCACGCAGCAGCACCGCGCUAAUUACGGCGCUACUGGCGGCGGAGCCGCUCCAGCGGAGGGCGGCGGCGAGGGCCUGGCACCGGGGCAGCCGCCGGGCCCCGGCAGCGGCGGCGGCGGUCCUCGCGUGGCUCCGGGCAUGACGGCCCUGCUGAGGGGUCUGGUGGAGAGGGGCACACUGCGCAGUGAGCGGGUGGCGGCGGCCAUGGCGGCGGUGGACAGGGCCGCCUUCAUCGCGCCCGGACACGGCGGCGUCGCCGUGCACGUGUACGAGGACCGGCCGCUGCCGAUUGGAUACGACCAGACCAUCUCUGCCCCGCACAUGCACGCCACGGCCCUGGAGCUGCUGCUGCCGCAGCUGCGGCCCGGAGCCCGGGUGCUGGAUGUGGGCUCAGGCAGCGGCUACCUGACCGCCUGCCUGGGGCUGCUGGUGUGGCCCGGCGGCCGCGUGCUGGGCGUGGAGGCGGUGGCGCCGCUGGCGGAGCGCAGUCGGGCCGCACUGGCCAGGGUGGUCCCGGGCCUCGUGGCGGACGGCACUGUGGCGGUGCAGACCGGCAACGUGCUGGCAGGAGUGCUGGCGGCCGGGCCCGGCGGCGGCUACGGCUGCUGGGACGCCAUCCACGUGGGCGCCGCCGCGGAGGAGCUGCCGCGGGAGCUGGUGGCGGCGCUGGCGCCCGGUGGCCGCAUGGUGGUGCCGGUGGGGCCGCACGGCGGCUACCAGGUGCUGACGGUGGUGGACAAGGAGCUAGGAGCAGCCGUAGGAACAGGCGGUGGUCACGGUGGCGGCGCAGCAACAGCCAGGGGCCUAGCGCCGCAGGGGCCUGCAGGCGAGGACGUGGGGGGUGAGGAGGUGGGGGCUGCUGCCCCGUUGCAGGAGCAGCAGCAGCCGACGCCUGGCGCGGGCAAGCAGCCGGCGAACGUGGCGAGUGAGAAGGCAGACUGGAUGCGGGGGGUCCGGGUGACGCAGAUGAUGGGUGUGGGGUAUGUGCCGCUGGUGCGCCCGGGCGAGGGGCUAGGUGGAAGGCGCAUGUAGCUACCAAAGACGGGUAGGUUCGCAGGCUACUUGCGAAAUGGCAGGCAUACACGUGGGCGCUAGGAUGGGGCUAAACGUGGGGCCCGUGCAUGUGCACAUCGCGUUGCAGCUGGUCUAGGUACGGUAUCCCUGGACACACUAGGCGUUUAAUUACUGUGGACAUUGACAUUGGACUGGUUGGUGGAUGGCGCAACAACGUGGAUGGACAGGGAGUUCUGUUUGCCCAAUGCCAAUCAACGUUGUUGCAUCCAAUAUGCGACGAUUCGCGGCCUGCCUGCAGUGCUGCUGCUAUGUCCACGGCAGAGCGCCCACCCCCCUAUCCCCACCCUCGUGGAACUCGGGAAUGGGCGAGGUGUCGCGCACGUGCAGAAAUGGCGCUGGGCCGCUGGCGCAGGGGUCAGGGUAGGGUUGUGCAGCAAAUGCUCUCAGGCUACGCCGAUUGCUCAGCAUGGAUUCUCGACGUACUUCGCACUGCGGCUACCACUGGCGAUGGCCGCGGCGAUAGAAGACGGGGUUCAUGCAAGGCCAGCAAGGAUUGACUAAGAGGGGUGAUGCCAUGAUUUAAGUUAGACAGCCACGCCCCCUGCAAUCAUGGCCAGUCCCGUCUGUAUAAAUGAUGAUGGUAUUGAAGCCCAGCUUGAGGCGCGUCACCGAGGGUCACCGGCACUAGCCGUCGUGCCUAGCAGUCACAUGUUUGCCCCAGGCUGCACUUUUGACCCCUCUGCUAGGCGCACCAGAUGACCCACAUAAAAUAGGCAUAUCAAUUGCGCAGACGGUCUCAGCACUCGUCACAGGGCUGCAGACAGAGUAUGACAGAAGCCUCGCGUUCUUGUCAGCGCUGGAGCAGAGCCUGCAGGAGCCGCGUGUCACCUGCAGCACUACCUCAAGCGGCGAUGAUGAUGCAGUGCGGAGAUACAUGGUCCCAGCAGAAGCGUGCGGCGAAAACAUGACUC